AUGACACUCGACUUGCCACAGCCAAAAGACGCUAUCGAGGAGGGGGAGCGUAUCAGUGCAUUCUGGUACGCCUUCAUUCUCGACCAAAUAUGGAGUUCGGCUAGCCAGAUGCCUCCGCAAAUGGACACUAUGUCCGGGGUACAGAUCGACACACCGUGGCCUUUGCGGACCGAAGAUUAUGAAGCCGGCAUAUUAGCUACGAACAUGCGAAGCUCGCGGACGGUGGAAUCGUUCCUUUGCGAAACGAUAGCACUCCCACCGCAUGCGACCUCUAUUGUGGCUCUUCAUGUUCAAGCUUCCGCCUUGUUCGGGCGUGCCGCAUUUUUGGCAGGGAGGUGGUCAUCUAGUACUAAUAUGGACCGGCUCGCCGCUGAAUUCGCCACACUGGAUCGCGUCAUUGACCACUUCAUAGCCGGUCUCGCCCCCAUUGAGAUCUGCGCCGAGCAAGACAUCGCACAAAUGCUCCUGACCCACACGCUUGCCAGUGUCGCGACGAUCCAGCUGCACCUAAAAAUGGACUCGGCCGAGGGCUUAGCCGAGAGUAGAGCAGUGGCAGCAGCAAGGGCUGCUGCCGCCGUUCUAGACGGUGUCAGCCUUGCGCAGCUUAAGUUUGUUGACCCCGUCCUCGCGAUUCUCUGGAGAACAGUAUGUCGUGUGCUCGUUGACGAGAUGUUGCGCCUCCGAUCCGUCUAUAUUGGCGCAUCCAUGUAUGGGAACCAGCAGCUGCAGUAUGCACAGGCGGAGCGUGCCAAGCUCUUAUCGGCUGUAAACAAAGUCAUGGUGGCCAUGAUGUCCCUCGGCCAUACAUCGGUGCUGAUGGCAACACAGUGCGCAAAGAUCCAACAGGACCUCGCUCGCGUCGGGCAAUGA